GGCACCUCAGAGCUGCAGGGACACUAACAGCAUUUCUGGAGCCCAGACUCUUUCAGAAGAAUGGCAGCAGCCCCCAUGACCUCAGUCCCUAAUCACCGAGGGUGGAUUCUCUGGCAGAAGCUCCUGUAUGCAGCUUCACUCUUAGCCAUCUGGAUGUCAUUCUCUACUGCCCAGAUCACUAUGGAAGUAGUACCACCCAAUCCUAUCGAAGGAAUGGAUGUUCUUCUACUUGUCCACAACCUGACAUGGGGUGAUUCAGUCAAAUUUUGGUAUGUCAGUGAAAGUUUGAAAUCAGUUCCUCAACUUGUUGUAUUUGUAAACCUCAAGAAUAAAAGCUACCCAGGGCCUGCAUAUAAUGAUCGACAGACAAUCUAUCACAAUGGCUCCAUGCUGAUCAGGAAUAUCAACCGAAAGGACACAGGAUUUUACAGCUUCCAAGUCUUAAGAAAUUUUUCAGAAGAACAACAAAUAACUAUGCUGGUCCCAGUGUACUAUGGUCCGGAUACCCCCACUAUGUCCUCCUCAAGUUCCUACUAUAGAUCAGGAACACCCAUUAAGCUCUCCUGUCAUGCAACCUCUAACCCACCUGCACAGUAUUCUUGGUGGAUUAAUGGGAGGCCCCUGGGAUCUACGGAGGAGCUCUUCAUCCCCAGCCUUUCUGUGAAUGAGAGUGGAUAUUAUACCUGUUCUGCCUACAACCAUGUCACUGGCUUCUAUGGAUACACAAUAAAGACCAUCAAAGUAUUUCCCUAAUCAACACAGCGAGUACCACCUCAGCAUGCUUCACUUCAGACUGUGUCCGGAGACUUCAGGUGUGGAAUGACAACCGUUCAGCUUCAUUACUCGGGUGAGACCUUUCCUUUCAUAGUAUUCUCUAAUUCCAUUCCAGAUGGUCCACUUCCUAACAAAGUUCCAAAACCUAGAUAUAGACCAGGUCCCGAGAGAUAGGGCAUAUGUUCACACGUGCCCAUAAACUAGGGCAAAAUAUAUACCUGAAAGCAAAAGUACACAAUAGUCUGCCGUGAGUACCCCCCAACACUUUAUCUGCACUAUUCCAGCCUUUAGAUCAUGAUUGCUCAACAAUUUGUUUGGCUUUGUAUGUUAACUCUCUUUUCAGCCACCAGGCUCCAGAUGCUACCAUGGUGCCAACCAGACUUCCCUGGACAGACAACCCCACCAAUGUGUCCUGGAGCUCCGCUUCCCCAAAGCCCCACCCUCCUAGGGAAAGAGAAAGGCAGGCUGGGAGUAUGGAUCAACCAGUCAACGCCCAUGUUCAGCAGGGAAGCAAUUACAGAAGCCAGACCUUCCACCUUCUGCAUCCCACAAUGACCUUGGGUCCAUACUCCCAGAGGGAUAGAGAAUAGGAAAGCUACUGGGGGGAGAUGGGAUAGGGAGAUCUGGUGGCAGGAAUUGUGUGGAGUUGUACCCCUCUUAUCCUAUCAUUUUUUAUGUCUCCUUUUUAAAAUAAAUUUAAAAAAUUAAAUGAAUACAUAAAUAAAUGAA